GGGAAAAAAAUUUUUAAGAGCACUUUGAAAAGCCACGGUGCGUGGGACUCUUAGUAAAAGCGAGAUGGCUCCCGCGGCCAAAGAAAAAACUGUAAAAAAAUCGUCGCACGUCAAAGACCGCGGCCGGGGCAGUCGGCCGAAGAGCGACAGAGCAGCCGACCGACGGCCGACGAAGUCAGAAACGGAAGCCAUUGCGGCGGUUACGAAAGGCGAAUUGCCGCUGGAGCUGCUGCAGCUGGUGUUGAACGUGUUCCAGAACACGUUCGCGGGCCGAUUGGCCGAUGGUGGACUGACGUCGCUGUUGCAAGAGGUCAAGGGGCACCUAUACAAUCGCGACUUUGACGCCGCCUUUGGCAGGGAGGAGUACCUGGAGGCGUAUGCGGCGCGCUGGAGCCCGGCCCGUGCGCUAGGAUAUCUGAAGAUAUUCGACAGUGUGAUCAAGGAUCGCCUUAGAGACGAGGAAGAGCCUGGCGAGGGGAACUGUGAAGGACUGAAAGUAUCAUGCAUAGGGGGCGGUGCAGGCGCGGAGGUUGCUGCAUUAGCGGGCGCCGUCAGGUAUCGAAGCGACGGGAAGAAGCAGCAGAGAGAUGCGGCUGAAGCUCUGGAGGAGCUGCGAGUCGUUGAUCAGACUGAGAGAAGCGUCAGUGUACACGCCACAUUCGUGGAUAUGGCAGACUGGAGGCAUGUCAUCGACAAACUCCAGCAAAGCAUCACGACAGCGCCUCCGCUAUCAGCAUACGCCUCUGCUGCAGCCAAGGCCAACAACGUGCCUUUGGUCAGCUCCACGAUCUUUGACGUCUCGUUUCGGCAAGCUGAUGUUCUGGCGAUGGACGACGAGACUCUACGAAAUGUCGUUACGGGGAAAGACCUGGUAACUAUCUGUUUUACGCUGAACGAGCUGUAUGCAACGUCGUUAGCAAAGACGCAGGCUUUCCUGCUGCGGCUGACUGGCGUGGUAGUGAAAGGCUCGUUGCUGCUUGUCGUGGACAGCGCUGGCAGCUAUUCUACCGUCAGCUUGAACGGGAAGGAGAAGAAGUACCCCAUGCACUGGCUAUUGGAUCACGCGCUGCUGAAGGACGCCGGAUACGGCUCUGCCGAGAAGCAAAGGGACAGCGAAGAGGCAAUACCUAAUCGGUCAUGGGAGAAGCUUCGGGAGACCGAAAGCGAGUGGUUCAGAGUGCCCGUGGGACUCGAGUAUCCACUUGAACUGGAGAACAUGCGAUAUCAACUGCAUCUGUACCGCAAGCUGUGAAACAAAUCCCAUCAGCUCUUGUUCAAGCGAAAGGAUACCCUUCAUUAGUCUCCUCCCACGCAAACUGUUUGCUCGUCUCCUAAUCCUUGGUUGAGAAACCCAAACGACGUUCUGAUCGGCGAGACACGAUUAUUGCUCAAUGCAGUAACAUCUCCAGAUCUGUCACCCAUGCCGCAGGAAAAAGCCACGCCCCCUAGUUCGCUGUGUUAAAAAAAAUGAAACUCUCUCAGAACGUGUAAUGAGGCCCCAUCUACCCUACUCCCGCUAGGCAAAUCAGCAUGCCUAUGCGUGCCUCGUGAUUCCACCACAUUGUAACAAAAAAAC